AUGGCAAUAACAGCCGCGGCUGGCAUCGCUUUCACAUUCCCAACCGUGUUCCAAUGCAAGCCCAUAUAUGCAUAUUGGAACCGCGCCGUCCCACACAAAUGCAUUGAAAAUGCGGAGUGGAGGGUCUCAUAUGCACUGUUAAAUGUUAUCACUGAUUUCUUUAUCCUUGUUCUUCCAAUCCGAGAAUCCAUCAUACUCCUAACCAACAAAAAGGAUAAAAUACUGGUUAUCUUCAUCUUUUCCCUUGGCCUAUUCUGCUGCAUAGUAAGCAUUAUUCGAACCACAACUAUCUUUGGGACCUCUGACAACCAUGACCCAUUAUGGAGCGUUGCCCUUAUCUCGGUAUGGAGCGCGAUUGAGCUUAAUACAGGCAUUAUAGUUGCUUGUUUGCCCAUGCUCCGCCAGUCGUUUUUCUUGAUAUUUCCCAGGUCCCGGUCUGCCUUUGAGACGGCGUCUCACAGCAUUGAGCACUUCCCGCACCGAAUAAAAGACUACAGAUUCAGCAGAUCGGCCCCUACUUCGACUGCUCCGGAUGGGAGGCCCUCGCACUCGGCUACUCAUAAUGAAACUUUUUCCAUGGGGGCUGUCCGGUCCGAUGCAGACCAUGGCCAUACCAGAACGGAUGGGAGAACCGAGAGCCAGGAGAGGAUUGUGUCGAUGUAAAGAUACCCACAUGAGCUACGACUGUACAUAUGCAAUAUUCAACAGACAUAUAAUUACAAUAGCCAUACUUUGCUAGUAACGAAACACUGGAAACUAUAGCUCAGUCGUAUAGAUAUACUUUUUGUCCUGAUGAUGCCUGAUGGAGUGAGUCCACCCGGAUUUACAGUUAUGGUUAUGGAGCCCCGGC